UUCCAAGAUUCGAAGCUCUGUUCAUGGCCGCGAUCUCCCGCGCCGGACCACGAUUCCUCGAGUGGUGGACUUCCGCCGGAUCACCGCAGCGGUACGACGGCGAUUCGCCGGAGUCUCCGGCGAUGGAGGAGACGGACUACGUGCGUGAGUGCGAAGAGGAACUGCAAGCAAUGGUGACGGAAUGCGAAGUGGAGCCUCGUGGGUUGAGGUUGGUGUUCAUCGGAAGCCCUGCGACGGAGAGGAAACUCUACGCUUUGCGCUUGGCUGAGCUUCUCGAUGUUCCUUGUAUCUCCACCGCCUCUCUCAUCUCCGAUGAUCGCCUUCCCAAGAUAGUCAAUGCGGCGAUGAUGAUCUCUGAGCUGCUGUUGAAAGAGGCUUGAGGAAGGAUGUCUCAGAGCUGAAACUGGUUUCAUUCUUGAUGGAAUUCCAAGAACAAUGAGGCAAGCUAAAACCCUUGAUCAAGCUCAAGGUAUUGAUCUGGUUGUGAAUUUCAAGUGCAAGAAUGAGACAAGUUUGGAGUCUGCCUCUAAUCAUGCUCAGAGACACAAACAAUAUACUACAAGGAUGCUGGAACAAUAUUACAGGAAUCAGAACAAGCUUCUGGACUUUGAAGUGGGUGAUGAUCAAGUGAAGAAUUGGCAAAGGCUCUUAGCUGCAUUAAAUCUACAAGACCUUGAUGACUCAAUGGAGGAUUGAUUUAAUGAAUGCAGAUUGCAGAUUGAAUGGUACACACCCACACAUAUUAUCAGAUUGCUGACAUGAAAUAUGUUUUCCUCAUUCCCUAGUUUUUUCCCCUACUGUAUAGCUUAUAGACACACAAAUACAUAGCCUUGUACUUCUCAUGACUACUUGGAUAAUUCCUGGUAUUCUUUGAUGACAUUGAAAC